AUGGAAGACGAAAGCCUGGAUACUAUCGGUGUAUGUAGCUCUGAAGACCGUGGGAGACUGUCAUCGACACUAGGCUGGCUCGAUCCGCCUAGCCAUCUCGAAUUACUUCAGGUGUUUUAUGUCUUGCGCCACGGCGAACGAACCCCCGUGCGUCGUCGCUUGACUACUGCAGAGCCACCGCUGCCCAAGCGAUGGAACAUGUGUCAUACUUCGCACAAGUUCCGACAGGCUGUGUUGCGGCAAUCAGAAGAGGACAUGGACAGCGUGGAGCCUGGCCUCGCUCGAAUCCAGCGACGCAUUGAGUACGCCCCUCAUGGCGAAAGUCCUCAUGUCGGAAGCAGUGGCGAUUGCUUGCUAGGCGAGCUCACAGAUCGUGGACGUAUGUCCAUGCUCCGAAUCGGCCAGGCGCUGCGGGCUCGGUACGUCGAGGCGGAGCAUCUCUUGCCGUCGAUCAUGUCGGACGAGCAUGCAAAUCAAGUGUACUUCCGAAGCACCUAUGUGAAUCGAACCAUGCAGAGCCUGGAUCAGGUGAUUGUGGGCUUGUUGGGCGACAAGGUGGGCCAGGAGGGUAGGUUCACACCCAAGGUACUGCUUCGAGAUCCGUUCCAGGAAGAUCUCGUGCCCAAUUCUCGUACCUGCCCGCAGUUGGCGGCGCUGAUGACCAAGUUUGAGAAGGCAGCAGCGCAAUUCUAUGACCCCAAGCUGGCAGCAUUGGACAGUAUUGUGGCGCCUAUGGACCGUGGAUUCUUGCCGCGCUUGGACCAAGGCCCAAAGCUUAGUGGACUCAUUGAUACCCUUCGUUCUGCGCUUGUGCAUGGCAUUUCUGUCCCACCUGAACUGCAAGAGCAAUCCGUACAGCGUCUUAUGGAGGACGCGGUGAUUGCAGAGUGGUUUGGUGGGUAUGAGUCGUCGGAUCUAGAAGAGCGACGCAAGUUCCGCCGUAUGGCCAUGGGACCAUUCCUCAGCAGUCUCUAUGGCCAAAUGGAACGGCGCGUGACGCUGGGCGAUUGUGAUCCUUUGCGGCUAGGUCUGUACUUGGGACACGACGUGACGCUAGUCGGACUCUUACAUACGCUGGAUGUAUUCAAUCGGAACUGGCCGGCGUUCUCCGCAGGCAUUAGUUUCGAAUUGUUCCGCGAUAAGAAUGCGUCUACAAUAGCGCAUCGCGACCAAAUUUCGGACCACUAUGUUCGUUGCCGGUAUGGUGAUGCAGAGCUUCAUUUGCCAGGAUGCAGUGCGGCCGGCAAGCAUUUGCCAGGACACCCUGAAUUUUGUACAUUAGAAGCCUUUCGCGAAGUCGUGGUGGACCGAUUGGAAAAUCCGCAGGGACUAACAUUGCAGGAAGAGUGCGGUGCAUUUUAA